AUGCACAAAGUCAUCGAUUGGGAACACGGCGGUGAUCAACGCCUUAUUCGAGCUUUAUGCAAACUCCUCAACUCGAAGUAUACAGUGAUUGCUCAGGCGUUCUAUGAGAAAGAACAAAAAUGCACCGAAGCAGAAAUCAAAGUUGUCAAACGGCGGAUUCAGAAAUUGACGGGCGGAGAUGCCUCUAUGAAAGGUUUCCGUGUACGGAAACAAAAGACGAAAAAGAGGGAGUCUCUAAAGUCAGAGAGUGAGGAGAAUGGUGUCCAAACGCCGCCUACUCCAUCGCCCGAUGAAUCUUUCACUCGAGCGAAGAGGGCGUGUCGGGCGUCUAUGGUGAAGUACGAAUUCGAUGGGUCAGAGGAUGAACAGGGACCUUUGUAA